AUGUCUACAUUCAACAAUUUCACUGAUUCUUUGAACAAAAGAUUUCAAGAACUCUCCACCGUUGUGUCCCAAAAGACACAGGAGAUCUCGGGUGACAUUCCAUCUUUGGCACAAUCCACUCAACGUUUCGUCCAAGAGAAACUCGGACAAGUAACUGACAUUUCUCAACUGCCACAAGAAUAUUUGGAGCUAGAACGUAAGGUCGAUACUAUCAAAUUGAUCUAUGAGCAUUUCUUGCACAUCACCAGCGUUUAUGAAAACGAGUCAUACGAUUAUCCAAAAUACGUUACUGAAUCUAUAAAUGAUUUUUCCAAGAUUGUUACCUCUAAGGUCAAAGAGCUAUCGCAUGCUUCAUCCGCUAGUGAAGCUCAGAAUAUUCUAAUCACUCCAGGACCUUUGAAAGAUCCAAGGACCUUGAACUACGCUCUGAGCAAAGUUUCUCUUAUUUCGAGCGAGUACUUGAAUCAAAUUGGUGAUCACACCGAUGCUCAAUUGGGAUCCGUUCUUCUAAAGUACAGUGACGUCCAAGCUAAAAUUGCUCAGGCAAGGUUGCAACAGGACACUUUAAUUCAGACCAAGUUCAACAAGUGCUUAAGGGAAAGUUUAGAAAACGAUUUGAAGAGAGUGCAAAAGGUACGUAAAGAUGUUGAGUACAAGAGAAUACAAUAUGAUGUUGCAAGAACCAAUUUGUCCCAGGCAAAGCCAGAAAAAGAAGCUUCCUUAAGGGUGCAAAUGGAGACUUUGGAGGAUCAAUUUGCACAGGCUACUGAAGAUGCAACGGUUGUUAUGCAGGAAGUUAUUUCGCAAUCUAAUUUUUCCAAAGAAAUUCAAGAUUUAGCAAGCGCCCAAUUAGCCUACCACAGCGCCUCUUCAAAAGUAUUGGAAGAUUUUGUUUCAGGCCUUGAGCAUCAAUCGGAAACUUCUAACAAGCCUGUCGAUGCCGUUGAGGAAAACGAUAAGGAAGAAGAGAAAUGA